AUAUGAGGAAAUCUAUAACGAUAGCGUCCAGUUCCCGCCUGUCCCCUGGUCCUGCUGACACUUCUGCUUUCUAUACAUUGUGCAAUUCAUGUUUGUGAUUUUCAUCUGCACAACUUCUCCCAAACAGUGAUUUCUGCCCAACGUCCAGAUUGCAAGGAGGUAACAUGGAUUCAGGAGGAGCACUGACCUUCUUCUCUAUUGUCCUCCUCUCUCUUCCCUUAUGUCGGACGCAGAGUUGCCAAGCUCGCAUGCCAGGAAUACCUGGAAUACCUGGAACUUCUGGUGCAGAUGGAAAGGAUGGAGCAGAUGGGGAGAAGGGAGACCAGGGUCCUCCUGGAACCUUUCUUGGCUGGAAUGAAGAAGAACAUAGAGGAGACCCCGGUAGACUUGGAAUGCCAGGAAAAGUAGGGCCAAAAGGGCCAAUGGGUCCUCCAGGUCAACCAGGACGUAAAGGGGAAAAAGGCUUAAAAGGACAAUCAGGAGAAUACAAAACCGAGCUUCACUCUGCUUUCUCUGUGAAGAAAACCACUAUUGGAAACCCACGAAAGGAUCAACCUAUUCGCUUUGAUCGAGAGAUCAUCAAUGUGAACAGACAGUACAACAUCCAUAAUGGGACAUUCACUUGUCAGAUCCCUGGUCUCUACUACUUCACCUACCAUGCCUCGUCCAGGGGACACCUCUGCAUCCACAUUGUCAAAGGUAGAGUCAAUGAAGCCAAAGAGAGGAUUGUUCUGUUCUGUGACCAGGUCCUUAAUGUCUUCCAGACAACAACCGGUGGUGUUGUGCUGAAAGUUAGCAAGGAAGAAUCCGUCUGGCUGGAGACCACUGAAAAAAGCAAUCUGCUGGGCACAGAAGGAGCAGACAGUAUAUUCUCUGGCUUCCUGCUCUUCGCAGAAUCUUAAGAUUGACAAGAAAAUUAGCUGUCUUUCAAAAUGUCAGACUGCCAAGCAAUGUGAAGUGUCACAUGAGCGCUCACUAAUGCCACCUGCUUGUACCAACUUCCAUGCCUCUGCUCCAACACAUCAGCAUCUUGCUAGGGCUACAUAUAGGGUGCUGGAGAAAGACAUGUAUGCACUGCUCCGCCUCUCUCUCUAUGACUCAUCCACCCCUGGUAUAUUAUGGGGAACAUAAUGUGUCUUCUUAUAUGGACAAUGACACCACCUAACAUGUCACAGCUUAACAUGAAAAUAAAGUGUGUUUUCAGUUUGAA